UGCCGCCGUGACAAGGACCACAUGCAACAGACCUAGCGUCUGACUUUUUGGCGACAGUAUGGGGAGUCAACAGGAUUUUUCAGGGUCCGGAUGUUAUUUGUUGUUUUUUGGGGCUUCAGACUUGCAUGCAAACUACUUUUUUUUUUUUUUUCCAAGUGUAUUUCACACUUUUGAAAAGAAAGUAUUGAACUGCCAUGUUUCCGUACAUAAGAAAGGUGUUUGCUCUCUUCACAGCAUCCCUCUCUUGGGCAUUCCAGCCGGCACCACGCCCCAAGUAUUCUCACCUUGACCCCCUGACCUCUGAACUCCUCCAGUGUGACCAGUGUCCUCCCGGCACAGCUGUCUGGCACCACUGCACCGCAGACGAGCCCACUAUCUGUAUGCCGUGCCCUGAGCGCCGGUUCUCAGACGACUGGCACUGGGGCGAGUCGUGUCAGCGCUGCACGUCUGUUUGCAAGGAGAGACAGCUGGUGAAAAGGGAGUGUAAUAGCACCCACGAUCAGCUGUGUGAGUGUGGACCUGGGUUCCACCUUGUGGUGGAGUUCUGCAUCAAACACAGCACCUGUGCACCUGGAAAUGGAGCCGUCAGUCUGGGCACUCCACAGAGUGACACCGUGUGUGAACCUUGUCCCCAGGGCUACUUCUCCAGUGUGGCCUCACCCAUAGAGCCCUGUGUUCCCCACACAAACUGCAGUGAGCUGGGCAUGAGGAGCCUGCGAGCUGGGAGCACCUCCCAGGACAGCCAGUGUGACAACCAGGCCAAGAGCACGGACCUGGAGUGCUCCAGACAACACACGCUCUGCCAGACAGAUGUCACUCUAUGUGAGGAGGCCAUCUUCCAGUCUCUGGCGUCACUGCGUCUGUCUUCGGUUCCCCUGGAGCGCCUGCUAGACAGUUUACCAGGACGCAAGGUGGACCGGAAAAGCCUGGAGAAGCUGAAGAAGGCAUGUAGCCCACAACAGCUUCUACUGCAGCUGCUGCUUCUGUGGAAGGAGCAGAACAAAGAUCAGGACAAACUCUAUGGCAUCAUACAAGGUGUCAAACACUGCGAGAGGAGGGUAUCCCGCUGUACGGAGCUGAAGAACCUGACCCUGAAUGACCUCAUGGUCAUCAGCAACAGCUUACCUGGGGUUAAAGUGUGCAAGGAGGAUGUGCGUGCAGUGGUCACUUCCUGUUCUUCCCAACAGUACAUCCUACAACUACUUCACCUAUGGAAGAGACAGAAUGCAGGGGUGGAGCUGGCCAAGGGUCUGUCCCACUGUCUGAGGACUCUACGGGGCCAGGGCUCUCCGCGACACCUUCUCAAGAGCAUCAAGAGGAUCAGCCGCAUCAUCAGCAGCUCAUCCAUACACAAAAUGUACGAGAAGAUGUUCCUCAGCAUGGUUCAAGAUAGCUCCUGCUUCAAAACCAAGCCUUUCAAUGAAUAAUAGUUAACCACAGGACUGGGUUGCGUGAAGAUUAUUAUUUAACUGAUGUAAAUACUCUGGAUAAGAGGAAUGAAGGGAAGGGAGGUUAUCUUGCUUCUCACCGUUUAACUUGGAAGGAGUUCCUUUCAUAAUGAAAUGUACCCCUCCGCUAUUUUGUUUUUGGACUGCUGACUUUGAAACUGUUUUCGCUUUUUAUAGGAUGUCAGCUUUUUAUGAAUGUACAAAGGAGUGCAAUUAUUUUCUAUUUAAAAUGUUCUACUUUGCUGAAAUUGUUAAAGCUUGUUUUUAUACAUGAUCACCAAACUGGAUACUAAAGGCUACAAGUUACAUGUUUGACAUUGUGUGUUUGUGUUUCAUGUUGUGUAAACAUCUUUACUGUGCAUUUGCUGUGUGACUUUGUGAACACUACGCCAAACUAUCGCCAAACUAUCAGAAUAAAAAUAAUGUUCUUAGAAUAGUCGUACCCUCUACAAUGUUAUAGCUUGACUGAUACUAGUAUAUUCACUGACUGUUUUACUGCAAGCUUGACUCAACAUGGAAGUGCCACUGUGUUUGUCAUUGGGUUAUACAUUUAUUCAUAUUUACACAUGAACCAAUACUUCCACAUUCACAAGUAUAGGAUAACUCCUCUCAAUAGAGUCUGUCUCCCAUAUCUUUUUCUCUUUUUGAGAGUACAAAUGUUUGGGCUUAUCCCGCAAUGACUAAUUAAAACAGUGAUUAUCUUUGUCCUAAGAAAUAAUCUGCGAUAGUUGACAGUGUAGAGAAGUAUGCAUCUCAUUAAAAAAAUAAAAUUAUUUCAGAUUUUCUUCAUGUGCAUACCACAUAUGGAAUUAUACAACUGCAAUACACACUGAUCACUGUUAACACUUCAAUAUUCUGACACAAUUAUCAGCUAUACUGUAUGGUUGUAAAUUGAAAAACGUCCCAAAUAUUUCAUUUUUUUAUAUACAACUUGUAUGACACAUUUGUAAUAUGACACAUUUGAUCUCAACCACACCUUAUGCUAAACAAAAUAGUUUUAGAAGGAAGUAUCGCUACAUCCUCUUGGUUGCAUUUAAAUUUGUUGUAUGUGCACACAGACAACACCAGCUUUCACUUUCCCCUAUCCAAGGAAGUGAUUUGACCUUUUGGAUAGAUAUCAUCCCUUUCACUUCUGUAAAUGUGUAUUUCCAUUUGGCCCUGGCCUAUAAAAAACAAAGAUGCAUCUUCAGAAGUCACUGUGGAGGACAUCCUACAUACCACCCACAUAAACAUGUGGUUUCUCAUUGUGCUGAUGUUUACCUUUAUGGAAUACAUCGGAGGGACUACGAGCUAUGAGCACCUAGACCCUGUCACCGGGCAAUCAAUCACCUGUAAUCGUUGUCCAGCUGGAUAUCACAUGUCUGCUCACUGUACCGCAACCUCACAGACAGAGUGCCACAGGUGUCCAACUAACCACUACACGGAGUACUGGAAUUACCUGCCCAAAUGUCUGUACUGCAGUACGUUUUGUGUACAUAAUCAGUAUAUAAAGGAGGACUGCUCAUCAACGCACGACAGGGUGUGUGAGUGCAACGAGGGCUACUACUGGUUCGCAGACAUGUGUAUCAAACACUCAGAGUGUCCCGCUGGCUACGGUGUCAAAAGGAGAGGUACCACAAAUGUGGACACCAAGUGUGAGCGGUGCCAAAAAGGCUUCUUCUCCUCUGUCUCAUCCUCGCACUUGGAGUGUGAAAAUCACACUGAUUGCGCUUCUCGUGAACUCAAAACCAUAAUCAGAGGCACAAGCAGGCAUGAUAAUACUUGUGCCUCUUGUGAAAAUUCUACAGAUGGAGGUGACAUGACACAUAUCCAAACUAUCCUUCUUCAGUUCUUAUCUCAUCAAAUAAUUCACCGACCUAAGAUGAAAGAGCUGCUCCGGAGGUUCUUGCCCCCACAUACCAAUCAGCCGGUCCAGAUACAGUUGGACAAACACUUUCCCAGACAGAAAGAGCCAAUCCUAAGUCAGAUCAGGCAGUGGAUCAGACAAGCUCCAGAGGAAGACCUCAAG